CCGAAAAGGAACCCGGCCAUUUCUUUCGAUCGGGAUUCGGGAUCACUGUUGAGCAUCCAGGAUGAUGAACUUCUGCACAGAUCUGCCGGGAUACUCACUGGAAAAUUUUCCGGCUGCAGACAACGACUCCUUUUUCUGUCUACCUGACAUCCGUGACUUCAGCGAGUCAUCAAUCGACGCUGAAUUGUUUGAAGGCCUGGAAAUGGACGAGAAUCUACACUUUCCGACCUCGGAUUCAGUCCAGCCAAAAGAGAUCGGCGAUUCUCCAGCAAUGAAACGGACAGGUGAGCGUGGCUCGAGGAAAAGAAAAUCAGAUGAACUUGGCGUGAAGGUCGCAUUUAGGAUGAUGUCGGAUGUUGAAAUCUUGGACGACGGAUACAGAUGGCGGAAGUAUGGCAAGAAGAUGGUCAAGCACAACCAAAACCCUAGGAAUUACUACCGGUGCUCCCAUGGAGGCUGCAGCGUGAAGAAGAGGGUUGAAAGAGACAGAGAAGACCCAAGAUUCGUGAUCACCACGUAUGAGGGUACGCACAACCACGAAUGCCCUUACGUCAUUUACUACAUCACACCACAGCAUGGUUGUGAUGUAGGCGUCGUUAGUGCAGCCCAGAUUCCUUUCGUCUCUCAGGGUGCACCAUACGCCGGACGUCAGGGAUUCUACCUGUCUAACUAUAUGGAUAGCUAGAACAGAUCAACGCUUCGCCAAUCACCACUCUUUCUUGAUAGAAUAAUCUGUCCGUUGUUAAUCCUUAAUCUGAAUGUGAAUUGACGCCCAACAUCUCUUCUUGUGACUGCAAAGUCGCCAAUCACCAGUCUUUCUUAAAAGAAUUACCAGUUCGUGGUGAAUU